AUGGCGAGACCGCGUCUGUGCAGGUCUCCUAGACUGCUCCAGCAAGGAGAGCAUGUCGGGCAAAAUACUGGCGAUGUGCUUUUCAAUGGGGUCAGUGGCUGCCUUGGCGCCAGCAUCAGACACAGCGGCUUCAACCAGGCCCUCCCAUCCUAUCUCAACUGCCUAGCGUUUAAUGGCGUGGACGUCAGUCUUGCCAUUGCCGUUGGUGGGAAGAUUCGACACUUGCAUCCACGAGGAAGGGACCAUGUAGGCUGGCAGUUUUUGCUCGCGGACGAAGGGUAUCACCUCUCUCAAUCGCCGUCCAGGUGCUGGAAUGAUCGCAGCCACCAAAACCAAGAACGGAAGGAGAAGCAGGAGUCAUUCUCCCACUCGGGUCCUUUGAUUGGGGUGGCCGUUCCGUCCGGACAAGUUCUUGUUGUGACAACACGUCACUCUGUGUUUGACUACUGGUAUCAUCGCUUUCUGUACCAGAACGUCGCUCAUAUCUAUCUGGGUAUGACGCUUAGCCCACGGCCACAGCUCAGGAAGUUUUUUCUGCAUCUUCGACUGGAAUCAUGUGAGAUUCAGGCCGCGGAAGAUUAUCAAGAUCACACCAGGAACCUCCGAGAGGGACUCAAUACUCUCGUCCACUACAUAUUUCCCAAAUAUAUUCUCCCCGUUGAAAACUUCCUAAGAUACCGUCCCGCAAGGCUGAUCGAAUAUAUAGGAUGCUCUUGGCUCUCUAUAACGUAUGAAUCAUUUUCUGCACCCGGACUUCCAGAUGAAUAA